AUGGCGGAUAUAGAUAAACUCAACGUCGACAGCAUCAUCCAACGGCUGCUGGAAGUAAGAGGGUCCAAGCCUGGUAAGAAUGUCCAGCUACAGGAGAAUGAAAUCAGAGGACUGUGCUUAAAAUCUCGAGAGAUCUUUCUCAGUCAGCCUAUCCUACUAGAACUUGAAGCACCACUCAAAAUAUGUGGUGAUAUCCAUGGGCAAUACUAUGAUUUGCUUCGACUCUUUGAGUACGGUGGUUUCCCGCCAGAAAGCAACUACCUGUUUCUUGGGGACUAUGUGGACAGGGGGAAGCAGUCGCUGGAGACUAUCUGCCUCUUACUGGCAUACAAAAUCAAAUAUCCCGAGAAUUUUUUUCUUCUCAGAGGAAACCACGAAUGUGCCAGCAUCAAUAGAAUUUACGGAUUUUAUGAUGAAUGUAAAAGAAGAUAUAACAUUAAACUGUGGAAAACUUUCACAGACUGCUUUAACUGUUUACCGAUAGCAGCCAUCGUGGAUGAGAAAAUAUUUUGCUGUCAUGGAGGUUUAUCACCAGAUCUUCAAUCUAUGGAGCAGAUUCGGCGAAUUAUGCGACCAACUGAUGUACCAGAUCAAGGUCUUCUUUGUGAUCUUUUGUGGUCUGACCCCGAUAAAGAUGUCUUAGGCUGGGGUGAAAAUGACAGAGGAGUGUCCUUCACAUUUGGUGCAGAAGUGGUUGCAAAAUUUCUCCAUAAGCAUGAUUUGGAUCUUAUAUGUAGAGCCCAUCAGGUGGUUGAAGAUGGAUACGAAUUUUUUGCAAAGAGGCAAUUGGUCACUCUGUUUUCUGCACCCAAUUACUGUGGAGAAUUUGACAAUGCAGGUGCCAUGAUGAGUGUGGACGAAACACUAAUGUGCUCUUUUCAGAUUUUAAAGCCUGCAGAGAAAAAGAAGCCGAGUGCCACGAGACCAGUAACACCUCCACGGGUUGCAUCAGGCCUGAACCCGUCCCUUCAGAAAGCUCCAAAUUAUAGAAACAAUACUGUUCUAUACGACUGA